AUGACGUCACUGUGCGCUUGUCUUCUCGCCGUUUUCAUUGGCUCAGCUGUUGCCCAAUGGGAGCCAAACACUGCGUACGGCAGGCAAGCUAUUGUCCAUUUGUUUGAAUGGAAAUGGUCGGACAUCGCAAACGAAUGUGAAAGCUAUCUUGCACCAAACGGAUUUGGAGGUGUUCAGAUCUCGCCACCCAACGAGCACCGUACGGUAUGGAGCCCUUGGCGGCCGUGGUGGGAGCGUUAUCAACCCGUUAGCUACAAGCUCACGAGCCGCUCAGGCACGGACUCCGAACUCAGGGAUAUGGUUCAAAGAUGCAACAACGUUGGUGUAAGGAUCUACGUUGAUGCUGUGGUCAACCACAUGGGUGCUGGAGAUACGGGGACUGGCACAGCAGGCAGCUCUUACGACGUUGGUUCAUUUAGCUUUCCAGGUGUACCGUUUAGUAGGUGGGACUUCAACGUCCCAAGCGGUAAAUGCUCCUCCAGCAGCGGCAAUAUUGAGAGCUACCAGAACACCAACCAGGUUCGUAACUGCAACCUAGUGGGCCUUCCAGAUCUCGACACCUCUACGUCGUACGUCAGGUCUGCCAUUGCGGGUUUCAUGAACGAGCUUAUCGACAUCGGGGUGGCCGGCUUCCGAGUCGACGCUUGCAAGCAUAUGUGGCCCGGGGAUCUGGGCGCGAUCCUCGGCUCUCUGAACAACCUAAACACUGCAUACUUCCCAUCUGGGUCUAGGCCAUUUGUGUUCCAGGAGGUGAUAGACCAAGGAGGGGAGCCGAUAACAGCGGGAGAGUACACUCCUUACGGCAGGGUGACAGAGUUCAAGUAUGGGUUGAGAGUGGGUGAGGCAAUGAAGGGUUCGAGCAAACUCAGCUACUUUAGUAACUUCGGGGAGGCUUGGGGACUGCUUGCCGACACGUCAGCCGUGGUGUUCGUUGACAACCAUGAUAACCAACGUGGACACGGUGGAGGUGGUAGUAUCAUCACCUUCGAGGAUCCUCGUCUUUACAAGAUGGCGAAUGCCUUCAUGUUGGCUUACCCUUACGGCUUCACUCGCCUGAUGAGCAGCUUCUAUUUCAACCACGACACCGAUGCAGGUCCACCAGCAGAUGGCAGCGGCAACACAAUGUCCCCUACCAUUAACGGAGAUGGUACCUGCGGGAACGGCUGGGUGUGUGAGCACCGAUGGAGACAGAUCAAGAACAUGGUUGGUUUCCGUAAUGUCGCAGCUGGCCAGCCUCUCUCUAACUGGUGGAGCAAUGGCAACCAACAGAUUGCCUUUGGUCGUGGAGACAAAGCUUUCAUUGCUAUAAACAACGAUGGAUACACCCUCUCUGAGACGCUGUACACCGGCAUGCCAUCUGGAGAAUACUGCAACAUCAUCUUGGGUGACUUCGAUGGGUCUACCGGGUCAUGCAGUGGUCCUACAAUCAACGUCGAUGGUUCGGGUAAUGCUUACUUCAGUGUGGAUUCUGGUGAAGAUCCAGUGGCGGCUAUCCACGUCGAUGCUAAGGUUGGUGAGUCUACUGGCAAUGUACCUAUUGAUAACGGUGGUGAUAACAACACCCCUGUAAAGGACCCGACUGCUCCGGCCGGUACACAACGCACCGUAGUCUUCAUCAAGAAGCAAACAAACUACGGCCAAGACUUGUUUAUCCGCGGCGGCAUCGACCACGCCAAGAGAAGCAGUUGUACGUCUAAUGCCGACACCAGUGCCUGCGCAAUGCCGAUUUACCACAACAUCGGGGGAACCAACACCAAGUUCAACUCCUGGAAGGCUGGAGACGAUUUCCUUGAUUGGUACGGUGCAGAGAGUGACCAGAAGAGCUACGAGGGAAGCACACCUGACGGGACCCCACUUGUCUGGACGACAAGCAACUCUGGCAACGGAGCAAACGUUGACGGCAACGGGUAUGGGUACACUCCACUGAACCAAUGGGGCGACCAUUACUGGAUGGUGGACGUGAAUAUGGACUGCGACAAGACCGAGGGAGGAUGGUUUGAGUUGAAAGCGUACCUGAAGAAUGGAGAUGGGUGGGAGAGUGACAUCAUGCAAGGGUCUUGUUCGGGGUCCGCUGGAGGAAGCAAACCUUACUCCAGCAACAACCACUUCGCUAGAUGCGGUUAUCUUAACGUUUUUGAUUUUGGUUCUAGCCACUGCACCAUUGAUUCGUUGUGAGUUCCAUAUUAACUUGCAAAUAAAAAUGACUUUAUUUCAUUGUGAUGAUUUUAUACA